AUGGCCUUGCCUCGCCACUGUGCCCGCUCCGGAGCGGCAUUGACGGCCCAGUCCCCCUAUGUGCUGUCGCUGUCGACCGUCUCCAAGGUGGGCCGACGAUAUAUCAACCAGGAUGUGCGCAUCACAAGAACCGGAAAGCCUAUCCUGACCGUGUCUGGCGGCCGAUCUUCCCUUGGAGGAUAUACCGCAACGGUUUUCGGCGCAACUGGCUUCCUAGGACGAUAUAUUGUCAACCGACUAGCUCGGUCAGGAUGCACAGUUGUUGUCCCGUAUCGCGAGGAGAUGACGAAGCGACAUCUGAAAGUCGCCGGAGAUUUGGGCAGAGUGAUCUUCAUUGAAAUGGACCUCCGAAACACACCCUCAAUCGAGGAAAGCGUUCGGCAUUCCGACAUUGUGUACAACCUCAUCGGGCGCGACUAUCCCACGAAAAACUUCUCCCUUCAGGAUGUCCAUGUUGAGGGAACCGAGCGCAUCGUGGAAGCCGUAGCGAAGUAUGACAUUGACCGAUAUGUCCAUGUCUCCUCAUACAAUGCUCAUCCCGAGCACCCCGCAGAAUUCUUCCGCACCAAAGGUCUGGGAGAACGAGUUGCCCGAGAGAUCUACCCUGAGACGACCAUUGUCCGCCCGGCACCCAUGUUUGGCUUCGAGGACCGUCUGCUCAACAGGCUUGCCAACGCGGCGAACGUCAUCACCUCCAAUCACUUACAGGAAGUUAUCCGACCCGUUCACGUCAUUGAUGUCGCCUCCGGUCUUGAGAACAUGCUCCACGACGACACCACCACUGCGCAAACCUUUGAGCUGUAUGGGCCAACCGAAUAUUCGAUGCGUGAACUCAACGAGAUAGUUGAGAAGGAAACCCUGAAGAAGAGGCGCCACAUCAACCUCCCGGAGAAAAUAGCGAGACCCCUGUUCAAGUAUCUCAACAAGGCUCUCUGGUGGCCCGUCCGGUCAGAACCGGAAGUGGAGCGCGAGUUCUACAACCAAGUCGUCGACGAGAAUGCGAAGACGUUUAGGGACCUGGAGAUCGAGCCCGUCGAGCUGAACACUCUCACAUACCAAUAUCUCAAGGGUUAUCGCAGCGAAGCCUACUAUGAUUUGCCGCCCAUGACGGAAAAAGAGAGGAGGGAGGAGAAGAAGUACCUGCACGUUCUUGAUGAUCAAUAG